CCAUGUUUAGACAUUAGCGGCUAACCUGGCCAGCUGGUCCCCAGCUGCAUUAACUUGUUGCUUUUCAAGCCUUCUCUGGAGGCUCUUCGUGCCUUCUGGCUGCCUCUGUGCCCGCUCUGAGUGGGGAAUCCCCAGGCUUCCUUGAGGAUGGAGGAAGCCCCAGGGCAGUGGACGAUAUUAACGGACCUGACAAUGACUCUGAACCAUGUCACCAUGCGCCAGGGCACGGCGGGCGUGCAGCCGCAGCAGCAGCGCUGGAGCAUCCCUGCCGAUGGCAGGCAUCUCAUGGUCCAGAAGGAGCCCCUGCAGUACGGCCAGCGCAGCCGUCCCCCCGCCGCUCCCGAGGACCCCUGCCGCCGGAGCUGGUCCUCCGACUCCACGGACUCAGUCAUCUCUUCCGAGUCCGGGAACACCUACUACCGGGUGGUCCUCAUCGGGGAGCAGGGGGUGGGCAAGUCCACUCUGGCCAACAUCUUUGCGGGUGUCCAUGACAGCAUGGACAGCGACUGCGAAGUGCUUGGAGAAGAUACAUAUGAACGAACACUGAUGGUUGAUGGGGAAAUUGCAACAAUUAUCCUCCUGGACAUGUGGGAGAACAAGGGGGAGAGUGAGUGGCUGCAGGACCACUGCAUGCAGGUCGGGGAUGCCUACCUGAUCGUCUACUCCAUCACGGACCGAGCCAGCUUCGAGAAGGCGUCUGAGCUGAGGAUUCAGCUCCGCAGGGCCCGGCAGACCGAGGACAUCCCGAUAAUCCUGGUUGGCAACAAAAGUGACCUGGUGCGGUGCCGGGAAGUGUCUGUAUCAGAAGGGAGAGCGUGUGCUGUGGUGUUUGACUGCAAGUUCAUCGAGACCUCUGCGGCCGUCCAGCACAACGUCAAGGAGCUGUUUGAAGGCAUCGUGCGGCAGGUCCGCCUCCGGCGGGACAGCAAGGAGAAGAACGAGCGGCGGCUGGCCUACCAGAAGCGGCGGGAGAGCAUCCCCAGGAAAGCCAGGCGCUUCUGGGGCAAGAUCGUGGCCAAAAACAACAAGAACAUGGCCUUCAAGCUCAAGUCCAAAUCCUGCCACGACCUCUCGGUGCUCUAGGCACCCAGAGUCACCCGCUGUCCCGCAGAGGACAUCACUGAAGGCCGCUGGGACCCAUAAUCUAUAUUAGAUUGGAUUCUUAAGUAUCGUUAGAUGUGGCUUCCCCUAUUGUAGCUGGGAACUAAUGUGCUAGCCUGCUGGGCAACCGUAUGCAUGGGAAAUGAAAGGGCUUCGUGAGGAGUCAGUAUUCACUUACAGGAAAAGCCUGACCUUUGCUGUCUGAACACCCAAGACUCAUUAGAGGGCGUGGUCGGGGUUCACGUGUUUCUUCUCUCCUUUCGCAGAUGGAGAAUCGAAGCCUACCAGAGAAUGCCUGGACAUGAACUUUUCCUUGUAAAAAUUUUGCCUGGUGUUCUGAUAUGUUAUUUGAGGCCACUCAGUCGGUCCUAGGCAAAUAUAGGAAAGCUGUCAAAGGAGUUUUGCAAAGGAAAGAGAACCUCUGUCUUUGUAGCUUUUAUUUGUGGAGCUAGAACUGCAUAACUGGGUUCAUCAAGGUCAUCACUGUCAUUGCUCCGUGAAGCUGUGAGAGAUGAUGGAUUUGCUGGAAACGAAAGCUUAGCAAACUAUUUUUGUUCAGUGCCCAUAGUUGGUGAUCCAGAAAUCUGUAGAAUUGGGAAUUGAUACAUGUACCACUAAUGGGUUCAAAAAUUGUGUAUUUACUAUUGUGUCUUAAAUUUUUUUAUUUAGGGGGAAAUUAUUUUAAUCAGAUUCUAUUUAGCCAAACCACAUUUUCUGUUGCAUUGUUUUUAAAAUCAUGGGGACAUCAUAAAAAUAUUUUUAACAUCUAAAUUACAGAGAACAUAGAGUGCAAAAUGCCAGAUUUUAAAAUAUAAUCGAAGCUCUGCAUUUUUGUAAAACACAAAAUAUAAAUACUUCCAGCAUUUUGGGUUGACCCUUGUAUGCCACAGCUCUGCUCUAUUUAUUAUUAUUUUGCAAAAUAACAACCAUUGUAACAUUUGAUAAAGCAUAUUUAUGAACCUGUUUCUUAUUAAGAAAAACACCCAUUUUAUUACCAUUUUCUAUCUUUUUCAGAAUAUUCAAGUUUUUACCUAUAUGUCUUAUAAUAAAAUAAAUAAAAUCUUUGGGAAAAAAAAGGCAUUCCUAAAUGUUUUUCCUCUCCAGGAAGAUGAUUGUGAUCAUUUUGGUAUAGCUUCCAGAGCAAGCAAAUUAUAAAGAAACCUACCUAUCAUUUUAUUUCUUCUUUUCAUUGGCAAUAGCCUAGUAAUUAUCUGUUUUAAAGAGUAUUCCUGACAUCUGUCCUUUGGGACGUGAUUCACAAUAAUGCAAAGUGAUUUUCAGCUGAUACAGUUAGGCAGUAUUUGAAGUCACAUAAAUGCUAAGUUACAAUAAAAGAGAGAUUGAUUUUUA